UUCCGCUUCCGCCGGCGGGGAGGACGGAGGGGCACGAUGCUGAUCAAAGUGAAGACAUUGACAGGCAAAGAGAUCGAGAUCGAUAUCGAGCCCACAGACAAGGUGGAGCGCAUCAAGGAGCGGGUGGAGGAGAAGGAGGGGAUCCCCCCCCAGCAGCAGCGCCUCAUCUACAGUGGGAAGCAGAUGAACGACGAGAAGACGGCCGCUGACUACAAGAUCCAGGGGGGCUCCGUCCUCCAUCUUGUCCUGGCGCUGCGGGGGGGGCGGAGCCCCCUUAGCCCCGCCCCCUUGGUGGGCGGGGCUUAA